GAGCGAGCGGUACCAUAGAGACCGGAAGUAAGCGCCAGAGAGCCACGGAGGAGCUAUAGAGGAGCGCGUGCGGUACCAUAGAGACCGGAAGUGGAGCGAGCGGUGGAGUGGGGGGAACCGGAAGAAAAGCCAGUAGUGGUGUCGAGGCAAGAUGGCGGCCACCAAGAGGAAGCGGCGUGGAGGGUUGCCGGUGCAGGCGAAGAAGCCGAAAAAAGACGACAGAGAUGCCGGGCCGCAGGCAAAGAGUGGCGUCACGACAGAAGAGGUGGAGGAAGAAAACAGAGACCGUAUCCCCGGCCCCGUGUGCAAGGGCAAGUGGAAAAACAAGGAACGGAUCCUUAUCUUUUCUUCCAGAGGAAUAAAUUUCAGGACAAGACAUUUAAUGCAGGACUUGAGAAUGCUGAUGCCUCAUUCUAAAGCAGAUACUAAGAUGGACCGUAAAGAUAAAUUGUUUGUGAUUAAUGAGGUCUGUGAAAUGAAAAACUGCAAUAAAUGCAUCUAUUUUGAAGCUAAGAAAAAACAGGAUCUCUAUAUGUGGCUUUCAAAUUCACCUCAUGGGCCAUCUGCUAAAUUCCUUGUUCAAAAUGUUCAUACCCUAGCUGAAUUAAAGAUGACUGGAAACUGCUUGAGAGGUUCUCGACCCCUUUUGUCCUUUGAUCCUGCUUUUGAUGAAUUACCACAUUAUGCUUUGUUAAAAGAACUCUUAAUUCAGAUCUUUAGUACACCACGGUAUCACCCCAAAAGCCAACCAUUUGUGGACCAUGUGUUUACAUUCUCCAUUUUGGAUAAUAGGAUAUGGUUUCGGAACUUUCAGAUCAUAGAAGAAGAUGCUGCUCUUGUAGAAAUAGGACCUCGUUUUGUCUUAAAUCUUAUAAAGAUUUUCCAGGGGAGUUUUGGAGGACCAACUUUAUAUGAAAAUCCUCACUACCAGUCUCCAAACAUGCAUCGGCGUAUUGUAAGAUCCAUGACAGCUGCAAAGUACAGAGAGAAACAGCAAGUGAAGGACGUGCAGAAACUGAGAAAGAAAGAGCCGAAGACCGUACUUCCCCAUGAUCCCACUGCAGAUGUUUUUGUUACUCCAGCUGAAGAGAAACCCAUAGAAAUACAGUGGGAGAAACCGGAACCUAAAGUUGAUUUGAAAGCAAGAAAGAAAAGGAUUUACAAGAGGCAAAGGAAAAUGAAACAGAAGAUGAACAAAGGGAAUGCAAAGUGAAUCCGCGGGUGACCAGAUUUGCAGUUAGCGUGUAUUUAUUCCAUACUGAAUAUGUAAAUACUUUAUUUUCUAGGUUCUCUUAGGUCUAUUUAGUGUGACAUUGAAUAAAGGAAAAUUUUAAAUCUUGAUGAUGUUUUUCUAAAUAAAAUAAAACCAGAACUGAUAAGUUAA